CGGAGGAAUCUUGCAUUUGAGGCUCUAUGUGAGGACUAGUUGAGCUUGUCUGCUUCUUUUUCUUCUUCGAAAAAACAUUAUCGGAAUUCCUAACCUAGAUCUAGAGCUUGGGGGUACGAGUCGGAGAUUAUGCCUCAUUACCGGCGGUGACAAGCUUAUCGGCGUCAAGUGCAAAACUGCUGAGGAUUAAGGGUUAGGUUUAAAGAUGAAGGGUAGGCCGGAGAUAUAGGGUCAAUUGGGCGUAUUAACUUGGAGGAAGGGGAGAUGCGCAUGACGGCUGCUGAAGAGGGCCAUACUACCCCGGUAGAGAUUCAUUUACCAGCAGACAUCGACUGGGACAUGCUGGACAAAUCCCGCUUCUUCUUCCUCGGUGCCGCGCUCUUUUCUGGUGUCUCGGUUGCUCUGUACCCAGCGAUCGUCCUCAAAACACGUCUCCAGGUCCGCCAAACCCCUUUGUCUUGCUUCGGUGCUGCUGCCUCCAUUCUCCGCCAAGAGGGCUCUCACGGCUUCUACCGUGGUUUCGCCACCUCCCUCGCCGGCACCAUCCCCGCCCGCGCCCUCUACGUGACCGCGCUGGAGGUCACCAAAACAGCCGUUGGAUCUGCGACCAGCCGCCUCGGCAUGCCGGAUACCGCUGCAGCUGCAGCGUCCAACGCCGCCGCUGGUCUCAGCGCUGCAGUUGCCGCGCAGAUUGUCUGGACGCCUAUUGACGUAGUUAGCCAGCGUCUCAUGGUGCAGGGAAGCGAAGCACGGUCGAAGUACCGCGGCGGCAUCGACGCUUUCCGCAAGAUCCUCCACUCCGAUGGCUUCCGCGGGCUCUACCGUGGAUUUGGGAUGUCGAUUUUUACCUACGCUCCGUCCAAUGCAGUUUGGUGGGCUUCGUAUACCAUGUCGCAGAGGAUUAUUUGGGAUGCAAUAGGUUACUGGUCUAGUCGCCGAGAUUCUUUCAUACUGAAGCCGGCCUAUGGGACAGUGGCGGCGGUGCAGGGUGUGAGCGCAGCGAUGGCCGGAGGAGCGGCAGCGCUUGUGACGAUGCCAUUGGACACAGUUAAGACCAGGAUGCAGGUGAUGGACGGUGGCGAUGAUGGUGGGAAGAGGAUGAUGACGAUCGGACGGACAGUCAAAAAUUUAGUGAGGGAAGGGGGAUGGCUGGCCUGUUACAGGGGAUUGGGGCCAAGAUGGGCGUCAAUGUCGCUUUCUUCAACCGCCAUGAUCACUACCUACGAGUUCCUGAAGCGGCUGUCUGCUAAGAGUCAGGGGAGCUUCAAUUGAGGUAUGGGCAUUGUGGAAAAAUAAUUAGAAAGAAAUUGCAGUUUAUGAAGUUUAUAUUUUUAUUGAAUUUUGCUUUUCUUUCAUGUUUUUUGUAUAAAUAUAUAAGAUAGGGGUUUAGGUUUUGUUAACUAUGCAAGAGGAGGGAAGGCAGAGAAGCAAAGGCGGAUUUUUGUUAGCCGUGUGCGCUUGUAUGUAGUUCUUACUUUUUUUUUUUUUUGUAUGCAUGUAGUUCUUACUUCUUACUUAAUUUUCUAUUUAAAGGCUCCCUUUUGAAUCAAAUUU